AUGGCAUCGACUACUACUACCUCCGGGAAGAAAGACGCGGCAGCCAUCAUCGCCUCCGCAUCUCGACAUACGAAGCCUCCACAACAACCCACGUUUAAAAACGACAACCAAAAGGCCAUCUGGUGUGAGACGCAAUGGACGAAUUUGACCGUGCAAGCGAGAAAGCUUGAGCUGCCCACGUUGCCCUAUUUCGAUCCAGAGACCAUGCUCCUGUCGAAAGAAGUCAACCAUAAGCUUUGGAGUCAAUUGGGGAGGUUAUGGGACUACUUGGGCCCUGAUAGGGCUCCUUACGCGACGCCGGUUUUGCUCGAAGGAGGCGAGGUUAGGUGGCAUUCAUACCUUAACCGAGAUCGGGGCGAAGAGGUAGAGAUUUACGAUCGAGCCGUCGAUGCCUUUAUGAGCGAGUCUAAACGUACGGAAGAUUACGACUGA